AUGAGGCCUGAGAGCCGGGAUCAGAAGGUGGAGAUGGGGCAGAUCUUUUCUGCUGCUACGUUUGUGCAGCUGCGGUCCGGGAGUUACAAGAAAGAACACUCAGAGGGAAAACAAUGCGUCACAUUUUUAAACUUGUGCAACAACUUCCUCGUGACGUCGUCGUCCAACCACUUGAGGCUUGAGCUCCUGGCUGUACCUGGCGUACUUACCCCUCCUUGGCUGCCUACCUCAAUCUUCCCCGGUGAGCUGAGGUCCAUGUCUGUCCGCCCGCCCGCCCUCCAACGCCGUCCGCUGAAUUUCCCCCCAAACACCAGCUGGUUCCGCAGCAGAUCCCCAUACCCGAAAACAUCCCGGGAAAUUCCAGUAUCCACCCCCGCUUACCUGCCGCCUGACCGAGUAAGACCGUUGCCGCUCGUUCAGAGCUCAAACAUUCCACAAGCGUUAAAACCCACCGACGUCAGCGGCGGCGUGAUCCCGCCAUCGUUUACAAUCUUCUACGAGGCUCUGCUCUGCGUCUGA